GCACUGCCGUCGCCAGCCAGCGCCGGCCAGGAAAGGAGGGUGCGGCGCUCGCGCGCCUAGGGCCCGAGAGGAGACAGCGCCGGGCCGGGCCGGGCCGCGCCGGCAGCAGGAACCAUGACGACCUCAGGAAAAGAGAAUUUCCGACUGAAGAGCUACAAGAACAAAUCUCUAAAUCCUGAUGAGAUGCGUCGCAGGCGGGAGGAAGAGGGUCUGCAGCUACGGAAGCAAAAGAGAGAGGAACAGCUGUUUAAACGCCGAAAUGUUGCAACAGCUGAGGAAGAGGCAGAGGAGGAAGUGAUGUCAGAUGGUGGCUUCCAUGAGGCUCAGAUGAACAACAUGGAGAUGACUUCUAGUGCAGUCAUCACCUCUGAUAUGAUUGAGAUGAUUUUCUCCAAUAGUCCAGAACAACAGCUUUCAGCCACCCAGAAGUUCCGAAAGCUUCUUUCUAAAGAACCAAAUCCCCCAAUAGAUGAAGUCAUAAGCACACCAGGAGUGGUGGCCAGGUUUGUGGAGUUCCUCAAACGAAAAGAAAACUGUACAUUACAGUUUGAAGCUGCGUGGGUGCUGACAAAUAUUGCCUCUGGAAAUUCCCUUCAGACUCGGAUAGUGAUCCAAGCAGGAGCUGUCCCCAUCUUCAUAGAGCUGCUUAGUUCAGAGUUUGAAGAUGUACAGGAACAGGCGGUAUGGGCUCUUGGCAACAUUGCUGGAGACAGCACUAUGUGUAGAGACUACGUACUGGACUGUAAUAUCUUGCCCCCUUUAUUGCAAUUGCUUUCGAAACAGAACCGUCUCACUAUGACCCGAAAUGCUGUAUGGGCUCUGUCCAACCUCUGCAGAGGGAAAAACCCUCCUCCAGAUUUUGCCAAGGUUUCACCUUGUCUUAGUGUGCUUUCCUGGCUCCUCUUUGUCAACGAUACAGAUGUGUUAGCUGAUGCCUGCUGGGCUUUGUCCUACUUGUCUGAUGGCCCCAAUGAUAAAAUCCAGGCUGUGAUUGAUGCAGGAGUCUGCAGAAGACUUGUGGAGCUGCUGAUGCACAAUGACUACAAAGUAGUAUCUCCUGCCUUACGAGCUGUUGGGAACAUUGUCACAGGCGAUGAUAUCCAGACCCAGGUAAUUCUGAAUUGUUCAGCCCUGCAGAGUUUACUGCACUUGCUAAGCAGCCCGAAAGAAUCUAUCAAAAAAGAAGCAUGCUGGACAAUAUCUAAUAUAACAGCUGGAAACAGAGCUCAGAUCCAGACGGUCAUAGAUGCCCAUAUCUUCCCAGCUCUUAUAAAUAUUUUGCAAACGGCUGAGUUUCGGACAAGGAAGGAAGCUGCUUGGGCAAUUACAAAUGCAACAUCUGGAGGCUCUGCUGAACAGAUCAAGUAUUUAGUCGAACUGGGAUGCAUCAAACCACUCUGCGACCUCCUUACAGUAAUGGACUCAAAGAUUGUGCAAGUAGCAUUGAAUGGGCUGGAGAACAUCCUGAGGCUUGGAGAACAGGAAUCCAAACGCAGUGGCACUGGCAUUAAUCCUUACUGUGCUCUUAUUGAAGAAGCAUAUGGCCUGGACAAGAUAGAAUUCCUGCAGAGCCAUGAGAAUCAAGAGAUUUAUCAGAAGGCCUUUGAUCUGAUUGAGCACUACUUUGGAACAGAGGAUGAAGACAGUAGCAUUGCCCCACAGGUGGAUCUCAGCCAGCAACAGUACAUCUUCCAGCAGUGUGAGGCUCCCAUGGAAGGCUUCCAGCUCUGAGGUGCCCCUGUACUGUGUGCUCCUCUACCUAACCAGUCCUGUUGUCGAGCCACAAGCCACCCGUGGAGUGAUUCUCUCAAUGUUUUCCAUAAUCCUGUUUGCGCUCAUUCGCUUGCCUUGUGCACAUGCUCUUACAUUCGUCUGGAAAACUUUUGGCUCUCCGUGGCAGGAUGCCCCCUCCUUGGCAAGGGGUCACCAGAAUCACCCUUCUCCUCUAGAUUCUGAACCUCUCCACUGUCACCUUUGUGGAGUUGAGGCACCUUUCUAUACUUUGAGAUAUUCCCUGCUCUUAUUACAGGAAAAUAAUCCCUCCUCCACUAGCCCCCACUCUCCUGGCAUCCAAGAUAAGGCUGCCUUUUUCUUCUAUUUGCUGCAGUGUGUGCCUGCAGUCCAGGGAAACAUUCAGACUUUCUGAGAACGUAGCUGAAUUAAUUCCCCAUGUUCUUCCCUGGGUGCCUCUUUGGAUGGCUGAGAGAGAUGCAUUAUCUCUUCACAUGCAAUGUAUCUACUUUGCUGUAUGUGCCAGCUGGGGUUAUUGGCAUAUAGAACAUGUUACAAAUAAUGGAGUAAGUUCUCUACCCCCUGCAACAACAAGCUGCAAUGGACAUGUUUUCUGGUUCUUAAAGAAUACUGAACACAUCUGGCCCCAUCCCUUCUCAACACUGAGCUCCCAAGCUGGAUUGCAGACCACUGUGGAGACUUCCCAGUUGCUCCUCUCUAUCCACAAAAAAAAGAGUCUGUGAAUAGGUCACUCUUACCACCUCCCCAGAAAUGACUUUCCAAAUGACUUUCCAAACCAGCUUCUAGAAUGGAGAAACUACCCCCACCUUUGCUUGCUGGCACAGUAUGAUCCAGCUGGGCCUUCCUUAAAAAUUGAGCCCUUUCUGACUUCAUGCUCCAGAGUCUGGUCCUUGGUAUUAUAGUUAUGGCUGAAAAAUUCUUGUCUGCCUCUUUACAUUUUUACACAGUGUGACUUGAACAGAUUUAUCUUCUGAAAAAUAACCUUCUGAACACAGAAAUUUGGAUUUGUAAAAUUUAGCACAAGGAGCGUUAGAGUUUCAUGAGACAAGAGCUUCUUCUCCAGCUUACCUGAUAAAACCAGAAUCCUCCUGGUCAACGCCCUUAUUUAACAACUCAAAUGACACUACGCUCAAGGAUAAUAAUCUUACAGCCGGAUCCUCCUGGCCCUUUCAGUUUUCCCUCUUGCUGUUUACUGGACUUGAGAUAAAUAAGCAUGGAACGCAUGGUUCCUACAGGUGACAUCUAUAAGGCAUCGCUGACUGCAUGACAGCUGUCAUCUGCAGCUGUAGACUGCCAUUCUGCUAGCAGCAUGUUCUUGGCUCUGCGACCCGCUUGGAUCACAGACAUCUGAUGCGAAGGCCAGCCACUCCUCACUGACUUCAGCUGAGAUUGGCACCAGAAUCUGCGUGCAACUGGAGAGAUGCCAUGUGAUUGAAAGUGGCGGUUCCAUUUCUGUUAAUGCAAUGGAUUGUCCAGGCCGUCCGCUCCCCCCUGCAUCGGGCUGUGUUCUUUCAAGCCCUUUUGGAUGCUUGGAACCACAUUUGUCCAGUGUAAACAUUUCAAAAUCACCACUAACAACUGCAGUGUCGUGUACCUGUGGUAGAGGUUAGUGGCAGAACUGUCUGCAAGAUCCUCCUUCUGGCUCCUCUCAGUGACAAGUCACUGCAAAAGCAAAACCAGCCCAUUGGAUACAGAAUGAUAAAAACAUAUAAAUCACUUGUCAAACUGCUGAAAGAAGCUAGGCAAAGGCCUGAACAUCAGCUCUGUGUGACCAUCAUUUAAGUACAGUCUUCAGUUCUGUCUGUGCUUCAGGAUGGAGACUCUGACCUGUGUGGCUACUGCAGCAGCCACCUGCUGCUUCCCUAGCUAAGCCAGUUGGCCUCCACCUUCCCUCUCCCACUUACUUUCUCUAGUGCUGCUUUGUGCUGAAGGAACAUUUAGUUUACUGCACUUGAUCUGUAAAUGGACUUUGAUUCUUUGUAAUUUUAGGGGGUUAAAUUUGGUGGUUAAUUUAAAAAAAAAAAAAGGAAAAAAAGAGCAAGAAAACCCCUCAAUGUUGCCUUUACAUCACAUAUAAAUAACUGUGUUUCUCUUUUCUUGAAGGGUGAUAGAAGCACUGAUUAGUAGCAAAACCUUGUUUUAGCUUUUGGAUUUUUUUGUGCUGGAUUUUUUUACGUGUAAAUUUCCAAUAACAUGUCAUUUCUAUAAGAUUUGUUUAAAAUCAUGUACCUCUUAUUGGAUGGUAUAAAAAUGCUACAUAUUUUGUAAACAAAUCUGAGCAAAGUGUGUGUGCAUAUAUUCUGUAUAUUCAUAUAUGUAUAUUCUGUGUAUAUAUACACUAGUGUGUAUAUAUACAUAUAUACACACACACCUAUAUAUGUACACACAUGCAUAUGUGUGUGUAUAUAUAUACACAUAUCUAUAUAUCUAUAUAUAUAUAAGUGUUUUCCAGGCUAGUGAAAACAAUGUGGUGCAUUGGCGUUUUCUUCCCCUGCCCCCCAAGAAAAUAAUGACAAUUGCCUCUAAAUGAGUGAAUUAAAAGAGAGUCCGUUGAAGCUGAAUGGUGUGCCUUCCUGUGUAAGGAGCCUGGCCAGUGUUUGUUACUUUUGCUGUGGAUAUGUGAAUUCAGAGCAGAUAAGUAUAAAUCUUUAAACUUGGUAUGUUUGUUUGAAGUGACAGGCCUGGUUGACACAGGUAAUCUUAUUGUCAUAUAUACCUAGACUGUGUAAGGCAUUUGACUGGUAAUGCAUAAUAUUUUGACUGAAAACUAAAACGAUACAAAAAUCAACAUGGCACACAUUAAAUGGAUUAAAAUGUGGCUAAUUCAUAGGUCUCAGUUGAAUUUUAAAUGCUGCUUAAUUGAGUAUAUUUCUAUCAGGAUUUUCCAGCAACCAGAUCUUGGCCUUGCUUUACUUAGCCUUAUUAAUAGGUUGAAAAGAAACAAAAUCCACUUCUAACAAAGGUUGUGCAUCCUAGGGAGGGCAGACUUGUGAAUGAUGAAAGAAACAGUAGCUUGCUGAUACAGACUCAUCAGAAUUACUUGGUAUGCCAAGGGAAAGUUACCUAGUUGCAUUUUAAUAGAGCCAAACAUGUACUGUGUUACCCAUCUAAUAAAUAAUAUUCAGGCCACAGGUGAAGGACUCUGUUCUGGAGAAGUGCUGCUGAAAGUCUGAGCAUCAUUCUACAUCAUCGCUGGAAUGCUACUUCCUAACAUGUCACUGUGUGGCUACUGUAAUGCUCACAGGUACAAAAAUAAAUCUUUAGUAGGAGUGGGGAAUUUA